CUCCAGCAUGUUACAACUGUACACAGCACGACCAAGAACAACAAGACAAGCCCUUUCCCCUUUGCUACCCCUGCGAGGUACCCCCCGAAGAACACAGACAAAACAUGGACUGUGAGUCCUAUUCAGACAAUUUGCUGUUGACAACUGAUUUUGACUCCAACUAUUUCAG